CAGCUGGAUCAGCUGGGUGAACGCGCGACUGCGCAGCAGCAAAAGUCUUGAGGGGAAAACCUGGUGAUUUUUAAUGCGAGUUUUUCUUUUAAAACGUUGGAAACAGGCUUGAUUUUUAAUUUAAGUUUGUGUUUUGAUUUCUUCUUUUUCUAGUUUUGUAUUCUUAACUUCGGAUUAAUUGGAUAAAAAUAUUUUAAAACAUUAUUUGGGGAGUUUUUUUGGCUUGAACCCUCGUGUUUAAUCACCUGUACAGACAGGAGUGUGUGGAGUGGAGCAGUGUGCGCUCAGUGUCAGACUACAGUGGUUUGAGUUGGACAGACAGACGAGUCUCCGGUGCCAACGCCUUUCCCCUCUUCUCUUCUCUGGCUCCGCUUCUCCUCGGCUGGGAAACUUCAGCUCGCACCGAGUCCGGGGUCGUUUGACGGCGUUUCCCCUUCAACUCAUGAGCAGCUGAAACUGAAAUCAGUCCGACGCUAAAGAAGUAGUUUGAGAGUGAAAAUGGGCUGCACGAUCAGCGCCGAGGACAAAGCUGCGGUGGAGAGGAGUAAAAUGAUUGAUAGAAACCUGCGGGAAGACAGAGAGAAAUCCUCCAAAGAAGUCAAACUGCUCCUGCUCGGUGCUGGGGAAUCUGGGAAAAGCACAAUAGUAAAGCAGAUGAAAAUCAUUCAUGAAGAUGGCUACUCAGAAGAGGAGUGCAAACAGUACAAAGUGGUGGUGUACAGCAACACCAUCCAGUCCAUCAUGGCCAUCAUCAGGGCAAUGGGGCGGUUAAAGAUAGAUUUUGGGGAUGCUGCUCGAGCGGACGAUGCCCGCCAGCUGUUUGUCCUGGCGGGCUCAGCAGAGGAAGGGGUGAUGUCGCCAGAGCUAACAGGCGUGAUUCAGAGGCUGUGGGCAGAUGAAGGAGUUCAGACGUGCUUCGAUCGAUCACGAGAGUAUCAGCUCAACGACUCUGCGUCAUACUACCUGAACGACUUGGACAGGAUUUGUCAGCCGAACUACAUCCCGACUCAGCAGGACGUACUACGUACACGUGUGAAGACCACUGGCAUCGUGGAAACUCACUUCACCUUCAAAGAUCUCUACUUCAAGAUGUUUGACGUCGGUGGUCAGCGCUCGGAGAGGAAGAAGUGGAUCCAUUGUUUCGAGGGAGUCACAUCUAUCAUUUUCUGCGUAGCGCUCAGUGACUACGACCUCGUCUUGGCUGAGGAUGAGGAGAUGAACCGCAUGCAUGAGAGCAUGAAGCUUUUCGAUUCCAUCUGCAACAACAAGUGGUUCACGCUCACCUCCAUCAUCCUCUUCCUCAACAAGAAGGACCUGUUUGAAGAGAAGAUCGGCAGGAGUCCGCUCACUAUCUGCUACCCUGAGUAUGCUGGUGGAAACUCAUACGAGGAGACUGCAGCUUAUAUCCAGUGCCAGUUUGAAGACUUAAACAAACGAAAGGACACCAAGGAGAUCUACACCCACUUCACUUGUGCCACAGACACCAAGAAUGUGCAGUUCGUGUUUGAUGCCGUCACCGACAUCAUCAUAAAGAUCAACCUGAGUGAGAUCGGGCUCUACUAAGGCUUCAGGCCCUGCAGGUGUCAGGAGCAGAAUCAGGACUUCUGGGCUGGUAUGUCUUAUCUGCAGAGGGCGAUUUGGAAAGUAGGUGUUAUGGACUGAGCUGGUGGCCACGCUGCAUUUAGGACUUAAAGUCCACAAUUUGGGGACUUGAUACUAUGAUUACGUUUGUCUUAAUAGAUGUUACGAUGCUGAGCAUACUGGGAGGAAGUGAAAUGUGGGAGAGGCUUGUGAAAUGAUGACUGUGAGAUCUGUCCUGUCAUAUUUAAGACCUUUGCAUUAGUCGGGGGCUGUCAGGCAAAGCCCUGCUGACCUCUCUGACACGUUUGUAGUUUGUCUGUCAUAUGUACAAGGACCAAAACAGCCUGUUGAUAAAAUCCAUCACUGAAUUUCACUGUUUCACAGCUGAUAAUGUAAAUUUUGUUCACUUUUUUUCUGUUGCAUCUUCUCUUAGCUUGAGUCUGUACCACAUUGCUUUUAUUGAAUAUUUGUUACGUUUUAUUUUGAUUUUGGAGUUGCUAUUAUUUAGUAUUUCCACUUUUGGAUGUGUGAAUGCAAUAACUUAUGUAUGGAGAAGCAUUUUGUGUGAGCAGUUUUUGUAUAUAUAUAUAAAACAUAACAUUUUGGGUCUGGGAAUAGUUAGCAAGGGUGUAACGAACUCAGUAGCGAUGCGGCUGUCUGUGUAGUUAAUUAUUAACUAGACAACAUUGUAUUGAACAAUAUUUUUAUACAUGAGACCCAUCACUGCAAAUCAGUUUGUGAAGGGAGAUCUUGACUUCCUGUGUUUUUUUUCAUAGGAGUUUGAAUAUGACUAAUAAGGUAUUUUUUUAAAUCAUGUAGAUAUCAAUGAUAUAUAUAAACUCAUCAAACAUAAAAAGUGGGGUAGUUUGGUGUAGCCAGAGGCUGUAUUUGUUUUCCUUGGCCGCAGCCAUCACAUAAUACUGAGAAAGUCAUUUGCUGAUAUACAAAAUACUGUAGUGGAGCACAGUUUGGGUCAGUCACUUCCUGCACAGAGAAAUCCUGCUAGAAAACAUUCCUGAGUUUCAAAUCUAGCUUUCUGUACAUUGCUGCAGUUGUAUUGUUUCAUUUCAACAUCAUUAAAUGAUGGCACAACA